CAACUUUUCAUAUUUGGCUGUUAGUAUUCAGCUUUCGUGUUUCAUUUGUCAUUUUUGGUGUUUCUCUUCCUGGCUGGCCAGUUCUGUAUCUUUAGUGCAUUUCAUCCCUAAUUCACGAUAUCCAUAAUGGCUGAAACCACCACGGCCGCCGAUGCCCUAGUCCUACCCCCCUGCCACUUGGAUAUGUCCAACACCAAUGCGAACAUAACUAGCAAUAGUAGCCACAACAACCAUACGAAUCCCACUACUAUUUCUACAACUACAACCACCAAUACUACCAAUUCCAGCAGCGCCAUCACCACGACAAAUACCUCAACUACAUCCACAGCCACCAGCCCCUCCACUACACAUCAUGCUCAGACCGUAGCUGUGAAUACCGUAAGGAACAAAACUGCAGAAGCCGAUGCUGGAGCGGAACCCGCAGAACUACCUCCUUUUUCGUUCAAGAAGAAGCCCAUAGAUCAGUACAGUCUACUCAAAAAUAGAUGUAGUGUCGACAGCAACAACAGCAACUCCAGCAACUCCACCAGUCAGCUGAUGGAAACCAUCUUCCACUCCAAUAUCUCUUCCAUAUUGCCAGCAUUAGUUCGUAAGAAAGACAGCGCUGCAUCUAUAGAAAAUGACAAUGCCAAAGUUCGUGGUCCCCUUUACAAGGAUAUUGACUACGACGAACAAAUCAGGUUUCCACGCAUGAACAACAUGAACUACUACACAUAUACCAAAAAGGGCACGGCCACUAUCAGUGCGCGCAACAACACCUCAUUCAGUGAUGGAACAGGAGACAGCACGAGUUCGCAGGAGUCAGAUAAGGACAAGACUGAGAUCGACAAUGUCAAAGAUUCCGAGGUAAGGGAUGGCACUAUAACCGAAAUUACCAGUUCAAAUGAUGUGAUUCUGACAGAGUCAGACCGCUCGAAUACUGCUAGCAGUAACAAUGACAGAAAUAGUAAUAGCAACAAUAACAAAGAGGUCAAUGACUCGAGUUCCAACAACUACAUGCCUGCGACUUUUGAUCUUUCGCAGCCUUUGCGUCGCUUCUCAUUGCCAAUGAGCAAGAACGACAGCUCCAACACUCGUGACAGCUUACAACUGAUGCAUGCUGCUCCAUUCCUGGAGAACGUAAUUCAUGACACUGAGCCUGAAGACGAGAACGUCCAGUUGCUCAAAGAAUACACAUCCAACAACUACAUAUACCAACGUGACUGGGAGCAGCAGAAAUUGAAGAAUACCAUCAGCAACUUCAUUAACCCUGAGGAACAAACCUGUCCAGAAGAUCCUACUACGAAGCAGCAUCCGUACUACUACCCCAAGUCUGGGACUCGCAUUAAGAAUCAGACGUCAUUUCCUUCAAUCAACCGAAGCAAGAGCAAAGCUGACCAAUCUGCUUCUUCCUCUGGCAAUACCUCACCUACGUCCACAGAUCCAAACUCUUCUGUUGGUCCUUUGCCAUCCACCAAUUCUGCUGCGUCUGGUUUGAACCAGGUCUAUCAGUGGAAAAAGCCAUUGAUCACUCCUGCUGUAUUGCGGCCCAUGCAAUCCAACAAUGGCUUGAACACUGACAUUGUUGUUGAAACAUCCUUGCCUACUACAAAUUCCACAUACACCAUUUCUUCACCCACAGUGGUGCAAGAAGAAACCAUGCAGAAUUUGAGUAGUUUGGACCCAGACAACAUGUCUGUAGAUUCUGUCAAGCAAACCAGCAACGACAAGAAGUUGUUCUGCUAUGAGCCCACAAGAAUUCACUGGAAGAUCAACAGCUUCUCCAACCAUUGCAUGCAGUGUUUCAAGUCAUUCAGUAAUUCCAUCUUUUCGUUGGUAUUGCUUUACUUAGACGAAAAGAUUGGUAAAGACGGCUUGGACAUUAAGAACCACAGCAGACGUAGACACCAUUGCAGAUUUUGUGGCCUUAUCUAUUGUGAUGACUGCUUGAUGCAGAACGAUGCAGAUGAAGCGAACAAGUAUAGCACUUCCCGUUUUGGCUUGAUCACCCGGGAUGGUGGAAACGGUAUAAUAGUUGACAAAGGGGCCCGGUUUGUGGUGCCUAUCUACCGCAACUUGAGUACAACGAACUCAUCUUCAUCUUCGACUAUCUCGAACGUUUCGAUGGAUAGUGCUGCUAGUGCGUCUUCUCAGGUUUCAUUUAUAACGAAUCCUGAAAACUACAAGUUGUUCAAGAUUUGCAAGAAGUGUGGUGAGACUUACAAGAGUUUGGUUGUUGAUAUCAACCGCACAGCUGAUGCAGCCGCUAAAAAUAGCAGUGCUCCUGUUUCUUCACGCUACAACUGCGAGCUAGAAGUGCUACAGAAGUUUCCGUUCAUCUACGUCGAAAACCCAUAUGUGGCUCGAGUGAAAGAAGAGAUGGCUCGAAUGGAGCAGACGCAGAAAAAAUCAGUUGUGGUCUACAAACAUUUUGCUGCUACCAAGCCAACAUUAAACGACAGCUUUGGCACCAAUGGAAGAAAUAAUUCUGUCAAUGAAGUGCCCUCUGACUGGACAUGGAGUUCCUUCUAGACAAUAACCUUUACGUUGCCAUUAUUCAUAAUUUAUUUCCUUUCACCGCUGUUUGCAACAAUUUUUUUGCAACAGUUUUUUUAAGCUUUAGUGAUGCAUUGUCCCAUUGUAGGGGCUAUAUAUUUGUUUUAUUUUGUUCAGUUCGUGAGUUCAUUUUUAGUGAGGUUUUCUUUAGUUCGAAACAUCGUCAACAGACGUUAAUAAAUAACAUUGAUGUG